AUGCCGAGCAAGCAGAUUCCCAUCGCAAACCCCCCUCCCCUCGCCUUCCCAUCUCCCCGACAGUGUCCUGGAACUUUCUGUAAAGCUCAAGGAGAAACCUCUAUCGGACGACGCCACUGGGGAACAUGUCCUGGCCUUAUCCUAGUGUGGUCCCACCUGAACCUGCUUAUCCGCAACCACGACCUUGACAUGAUCUAUGUUGUUGGCCCAGGUCAUGGUGCGCCCGCUGCCCUAGCCGCCCUGUGGUUGGAGGGUUCGUUGGAGAGAUUCUAUCCCGAUGAGUACGGUUGCAAUGCCGAGGGGUUGAAGAACCUCAUCACAAGGUUCUCCGUACCUGGCGGGUUCCCGAGUCAUAUCAAUGCCGAAACUCCCGGCGCCAUUCAUGAAGGUGGAGAGCUGGGCUACGCGCUAGCUGUGUCAUUUGGCGCCGUCAUGGAUAACCCCGAUCUCAUUGUGACUUGCGUAGUUGGAGAUGGCGAAGCUGAGACCGGGCCUACCGCAACGGCAUGGCACGCCAUCAAGUACCUCGACCCGCGCGAGUCAGGCGCCGUCAUCCCAAUCCUGCACGCAAACGGGUUCAAGAUCAGCGAGCGCACCAUCUUUGGGUGUAUGGACGACAAGGAAAUCGUGUCCUUAUUCAGCGGCUACGGAUAUCAGGUGCUCGUCGUUGAGAAUUUGGACAACAUUGACGACGAGCUGCAGAAUGCUCUGGAGUGGGCAGUUUCUGAGAUCAAGAAGAUCCAGAAGGCGGCGCGGUCAGGGGAGCCAAUUGCGAAGCCCCGAUGGCCGAUGCUGGUUUUGCGGACGCCCAAGGCAAGAUUUAUUCCCGCGUCGAUGGAGAGGGCCGGCAGCGACAAGGAGCAGCUCAAAGCGCUCGACGACUGGCUGUCGAGUUACAAGAUUGGCGAACUUAUUAAGGACGGAAAGCCGACCAAAACUGUCCUUGACGUGAUGCCUCACACAAACGAAAAGAAGCUCGGCCAACACAAGGCGACAUAUAACCCGUAUGUCGGUCUCAAGGCAGUCGACUGGCAAUAUUUCGGCGCCAAAAAGGGCACAAGCCAGAGCUGCAUGAAGCUCACCGGCAAGCUGCUCGACAAGGUUUUCCAGGAGAACCCCCAGACUAUCCGCCUCUUCUCACCCGACGAGCUCGAGAGCAACAAGCUGGAUGCCCUACUGGAACACACACAGCGCAACUUCCAGUGGGAUCAGUACUCGCGCGCCAACGGCGGGCGGGUGAUCGAGGUGUUGUCGGAGCACAACUGUCAGGGCUUCAUGCAGGGGUACACGCUGACGGGCCGCACCGCCAUCUUCCCCAGCUACGAGUCCUUCCUGGGCAUUGUGCACACCAUGAUGGUGCAGUACUCCAAGUUUGUCAAGAUCGCCCGCGAGGUGAAGUGGCGCGGCGACCUGCCGUCCAUCAACUACAUCGAGACCAGCACGUGGGCACGACAGGAGCACAACGGCUUCUCGCACCAGAACCCGUCGUUCAUCGGAGCUGUGCUCAACAUCAAGCCCGAAGCAGCCAGAGUACCGGUCCUAUCUCCCACCACCAACCGCGCCCCCCCUUUCCGGAAUUGGGUAAACUAA